CGCGUUUCAAAUCAAAGACAUGAUUAUUGUUUUAGUGAAAAGACAGUAACACCCUGGAGACUGAAACAAAACACACAGCGAAGUCCCAGUUUCUCCAUUCUCUCUCUCUCUCGAUCGACGACUGCUCUGUCGGAACCGGAGACGCGCGUCGCGGAACGAAUCUGUUUUUGAAUCUCCGGUGAUCUGAUCGAGAUGAGUAACAGUGAGCUUCUUACCGUUGAGCCUCUCGACCUUCAAUUCCCUUUUGAAUUGAGGAAGCAGAUCUCAUGCUCUCUUUACUUGACCAACAAGACCGACAAUCAUGUCGCCUUUAAGGUUAAGACAACGAAUCCGAAGAAGUAUUGCGUUAGGCCUAACACUGGAGUUGUUCUUCCACGGUCCACUUGUGAAGUUCUUGUGACAAUGCAAGCUCAAAAGGAAGCUCCUUCGGAUAUGCAGUGCAAGGACAAGUUUCUGCUUCAAGGUGUAACUGCUAGUCCUGGUAUCACGGCCAAGGAUGUUACUCCUGAGAUGUUUAGUAAAGAGGCUGGAUAUCUGGUUGAGGAGACUAAGCUGAGAGUUACUUAUGUUGCUCCACCACAACCACCAUCACCUGUCCAUGAAGGUUCGGAAGAGGGCUCUUCACCAAGGGCUUCUGUUUCUGAUAACGGACAGGCUGCUGAAUUUUCUUUUCAGAGAUUUAGCGCAGACAAGGUUGAACCUCAAGAAGGCACAUCUGAGGCAAGAGCUCUCAUCACGAAGCUAACCGAGGAAAAACAGUCUGCCAUUCAACUCAACAACAAACUUCAAAGAGAGCUGGAGCAAUUGAGACGUGACAGCAAGAGGAGCCAAAGUGGUAUCCCUUUGAUGUACGUUCUUCUGUUCGGACUAAUCGGUCUGAUUUUGGGAUACAUUAUGAAGAGCACAUAACCACCACCUCGAGUUCUUAGUCCCACACACACCGCCACAGACUUAUUUUUAACUCAAUUCUCGAGUCAGACAUUUUCUCUCUCUGUAUUUGACAAAUGUCACCUAAAAAAGGUGCUUCUAAAUGAUUUGUGUUACGGUAGUAAAAGCUUCAUAACUCAGUUUGCUUUGUUUUUAACUUUCUUUAUUUGUAAUCCAAAACCUUUUGGUGCUGAGUACUUUACCAGCUUCAAUGGCAGAAAAUUUAAUGUGCGA